CGGCGUCGCUCGUCGAGGUCGUAUUGUAUAUACAUAUAUAUAUAUAUAUAUCAUUUGUCCGUAAGAAAAAUUUGUUAAACAGCAUCGAUGAAGAGGCGUUUAAAUAGCUGCAAUAUACAUAUAUUGUUUGCUCUCGUGAAAGCAUUAUUUUUCACAUGUUCAUAAAAUGUUUCAUACCAGAGAGUAGAAUAUCAUAGACGUUUACAAGCAUGCUUUGAAUUUGUUCCAACGAAUAUCGAGUAAUAAAAAUACGUAACAAUUAAUGGGUUAAUAUGUUUUUCACUGGUCGGUUUAUGUGCCUACGAUUAACGGAAGUAACAGUAUUAUUGAUUCGAGCAGUAAUAGUGAUAGCUUUUUAUCAGAUUAAUUGUACCGCCGCGGGAACUCGGAUAAAAUGUCGACGAAAAGAAAUGUCAUAGUUUGCAAUAAUUAACGGUCGGUGAACGAACAGUAGCGAGAAGGGUAAAUAAAGAAAACACGGCGGCGACGGUGAUUGUUGACAGGUGGCGAUCUUGAGAUACAUAUACAGAUGUUGAGCGGUGCUCGCGUGUAUACUUUGGUCGCGUGGUGACCUCCGAGAAGAAACGAAAACGAAAGCGAUCGUGUAUCGAGUUGACAUUAUUCGCGAAAUCGAUCGAUCCUGACCGGUGGCAGAAACGAACACGUAUUGUCGUCGAGGAUGUCAAGGUGGUAGUGGUGCAUUGGAGAAAUGUGGAAUAACGCGUGGUGCUUGCAUCAUCUGUUCAAGGGCGGCGUUUAAUUUCGAGGGACACGCGAUCGCCUUUCUACUUAUAGUAGAGAGCACGUGUUCAUCGGCACGUGGCUGCUCCAAGUCUCCAAGUCUCCAAGUCUCCAAGUCUCCAAGAAGGAAACGUGAAGAAACGAUUUAUGGAAUCACACGACAACCGUAACCGUUCAAAGAUGGUCUGCAUCAUAAGGUAGAUGCCAGUGUGAGAAAGAAAUGGAGACACUUUACACGGGUGCGAUCCACGGGUUUCCCCAAUCGAACGGUGGACUCGGCAAUGGAAUUUCCACGGGUAUUGGCAACUCGUUCGAUCAGGAUGGCGUUUUGAGUUUGAUCGUCGUUCUGGGUGGAAGUUUGUCCCUGGUUGCUCUGGUAUUCGCCUUUAUCACCUAUAGCUUGUUCUCGGACUUGAGAAGCCUGGCAGGUACGACCCUUAUGAAUCUCUUGGCAGCCCUCUUCAUGGUUCAACUGCUCUUCAUCGUUGGAGUGGGUGGCGUUCAGGACUCGGAGCUGUGCAUUUCCCUGGGGUUGAGCUUACAGUAUCUUCGAAUGACGGUGGUUUGUUGGCUGGCUGCAAUGUGUCAUCACCUUUAUGCCACCGUUGCUUCGAUACCACGCCGUGACGACCCACCGACCUACCUGAAAUAUAGCCUCUUCGCUUGGGGUGCUCCUUUUCUCAAUCUUGCCUUCGCUACUUUUCUGCAGAUAUACCAGCUGAACCAGGACAUCUGGAAUAUCAGGGAUCUGACACCGUUCAAUUGCUGGUUCCUGGGGACUACAGCGACGAUUUAUGCAUACGGUUUACCAGUGGUUCUUCUACUUCUUUCCGCAGGAUACUAUCUGAUAAAAGCUGCGAUCGUGUCUAGAUACACAUGCAGCAUGCAGUUGGAAAUUAAACAACGCGAAAAAAUGAAGAGAAGAAGAGCGCUGCAGUUGAUACUGUUUUUAAAAGUGAGCAUGAUAAUAGGUCUGGUCGCUGGUUGCGGGGUCGCGUCCAGAAUAUGGAAAGUACCUUUCCUAUGGGCGGUAUUUUGCACCGGUCACUCUCUUCAGGGUCUAGCCGUGGCGUUAUCCGUCGCGUGCAACUGCAGAGUGCUGAAAGUUUACGCGAGGAAGUCUUAUAAGCAACCGAAACAACAGAUCGCUCAUUCGAGUAGCAGCAUGCAGCUGCUCGCACCUGCUCCAGACCCAGUCUAGGUCCACCUACAACUCGAUCACUUUCUUCUCGUCGAUGAAAAUGGAAGACGAAAAAAGAAUAGAAAAUAGAUACACUACUGGUGACGACAGUAUCCUAAGAUUUCGAUUCGUUUUAGGUGAGCAUAGAGAUCUAGUAACGCGAAUAGAAGAUGAUCUCGGUAAUGAUCUCUCACGAUUACACCACGUAACAUUCAAGUGCCAGACCGUGAACUAAGGAAUAUUAAUAUUCCUAAUAUGAUAACCUUCCUACAUCUUCUUUUUCAUUCUUUCAGCGUUACAUCGCUUUCAUAUAGCCUAGCUUACACUGAUAGAAUAAGCGGUAAAGUAUAUAUUCAUUUGAGUUUUCUCGUUUGAGAACAAGUUGAUCAUACAUAUGUACCUAUACAUAUAAUAAUAAUAAUAAUAGUAGUAGAAAUCGGUUAUAAUAUAUUAUAUGCCAUUUUCUUCUUACCACUGUUGGUACACUUUACCACUUAUACUGUACCAAUUUAAUCUGGGCUUAAUACUUUUUUACAACUACGACAGGAAAGUGCAAUUGUAAAAGAUUCAAACUUAAUACAUACUUCUUGACCAAACAACGCUCUAUCAGUUGGUAUAAAUUUGAAGAAAGACUAGGGAAUAGAUAUAGAAACGAAAGGGUGGAAAUGGAACGUGUCGAGUACAUAUAAGUAUUAUACGUGUACGUAUGUACGUAUGUACGUAUGUACGUAUGUACGUAUGUACAUAUGUAUAUCGAUCGAACGCGAAAGGAAUCCACACUCGGCGUGUACGUUUCUCGCGGUUUGUGGCUGGCAUUCCCCACUACGAUGCAAUUAACGCUCGGAAAGAAUUACGAGUUUCAACAGGCGAAAAGAUUAAUACCGAGCAGGAAAACAGCAGGAAGAGGAGAUGGAAAAGUCAGCGCGAAAGGUUUGCAGUUGAACGCGUAAUUAUUGGAAAAGUAAUCCGUUUUAAUAUCUGGCAAUGCCAACGAUGUAUGUAUGUAUGUAUGUAUGUAUGUAUGUAUGUAUGUAUGUAUGUAUAUAUAUAUGUACGCUUUCAACUUAUACAAAGUUGAUGAAUUCUAAUGAUCCAUCAUUUGUCUUGAUUUAAUUAGUUUCUAAACAAACAAUUUACUCUUUCACAAAACAAAUUUUUCAUUCUCAACUCGAUGCACCUUCAGCGUUUAACUACGAUUCCAUAACUAAUUUCUUUCACAUGUAAACCCGGAUCAAAAACUCGGCUACUACUAUCUAUACAUGUACAUAUAAAUUUAGCACAUUAUUUCUCUCUACGUAACUACCUAUUAACGUAUUACCUACUCACAUAGUACGUGUGUAGGUAUAUUUUAAUUCUAAAGAGUUAGAGACAAAGCAGACCAUGAAUAAGAGACUGUUAAACAAUGUAAAUGUCGUCAAAGUGAGUGGACCGCAUUCGUGUCUCGUCCUUUUCAACCGACCAGCAACCUGCUGACAUUUAAUUAUCGGGAAGCAUCAAGAUGGAUGGGGUGCAACCACCAACCGCACCCCUUUUUCUCUCUUUAAUACCCGUCAAAUCGACUCUUUUAUCGCUUCAAUCCGAUCCUCGAUUUCAGAUAUUGUCCUUUCCCACGACCUAUUUUUACCGUUGCGACGUUGCGACGUUGCGCGAACGUACAAUAUGUACUUGUUUUAUUACCGAGUGAUUUCGAUCAGUCGAUACACUAUUAUUGCUAUUUCAUUAUUCGAAUGAGUAAUAAGUAUUUCGAUCUAAAUGCAAUUAUGGAAUGUAAUGUUACAUGUAAAAUUACAUACAUAAUAUGAUAAGAUUUUAAGAGGAAAGAAAAAGAAAUGUCGGGAAUAAAAAUUUUCCAACAGUUGGUGAAAUUACUACGAUCAAACGCGUUUCCCUUCUUCCAAUUAAUUCUUUAUUCUACUUUACGAUCUAACCGUCCUUGUCGAAUUAAAAUAACUCUCUAAUGCAAUAGCCGUCUAUCAGAAAAAACAAACAACUAACUUGUUGUUAACAAUUUAACUUGUAUGUACUUUACUCAUGUAUUUCAAAUAUUUCAAAUCCUUUUCCGUAAACACAUAAAAUUGCUUCAUCCCUAAAAUAAUAAGUAAAUUUUUUAAUAAUACAUAAUGUUUGUUUAACAUUAAAAACAUUACGUACGUAUCAGAUGUAAACAUACUUUGAAUUAUACCAUAAAGUCAGCCCUUUCACAUCGGUUACACAGGUAAAGAUUUUCUUUAAAAUUGUUACAGAUAAAAAAUCGUCAUUGUAAUUAUAACUAUACACAAUGAUUUGUUGGUCUAUUCCAACGGUAAAAAUUUUAUCUUUGUGAAAUUUUAUUCCUAUAACGAAGAAAAGUAUAUAAAAUUAAAUAAAUUCUCCCACUGAUCAAUAUGUAUGUAAGUAUGUGUUACUUGAAGUAACACUUAUUUAGGAAACACUAAUAUCAGCGUACCUGUAAUUUGUGCAGCAUGUGCAGUUGAAGUGUUCCAUUUUGAUAGCAAUGAAACACGUAACUGUUCAUUUUCACUCGAUAUCGAAAUUUUAAAAUGAAUAACAUUGAAUAAAUUAUCAUCACCGCCCGUUGCCAAACAAUAUUUCUUGUUUCCAAUCAUUUUUAUGUCGUACGAAUUAAUUCCAGAUUGAUGCAAAUUAAAUUUCGCAAUAGAUACAUCUGUGUAAUUGAAAAAUUCUUCUUUUUCACAGUUCGGUUCUUUUACAAUAUUUGAAACGAUCUCGGUAAAAUCGAUAAAACGAACGAUUCCGUCAGUUGACAUCGUUAAUGCAAUUACCUUCUCUUCGUACUUUAAGAUUGUUAUUUUUACUAUGCAACGACUCGCGCAUUUUGCAUGUAUUUUUAACGAAAUAUUUCUUGUAUUAGUGUCGUACAAAAAUAUCCUGCAAAUAAUUCACUUGAUUCAAUAUCUAAAUACGUAAAACUUAUUAGUAAUUAAUUUAAUCUUAUUUAUAUUAAAAGAAAAAGAAGAUUAAAAUUAAAUGCGAUUUCCCACACUUUCAAUUGGGCUCUGCCACCCCCAGAAAAUACAAGAUGAUUACUGCACGAGAAAUCAGAUGUUUCUAAACAUAACGAACCUAUAAAUUUUACACUCGAGAUGUGACCAUCAAAAAUACCUAACGUUUCUAGGCAACAAAUAUUUUCCAUCGAUGCAGUUGAAACACAACUAACACGGACAGUACCAUCCUCUCCUCCGGAUAUAAAUAAAUUAUGCGUAUUGCUCUUUAA